GUGAGUGUGAACUCCAGAUCCUCGACAGUUACUGGCAAUUAUCUGGUAACACUCAUGAUGGAGGAGGAAAGAAAAGAAAACCACAAGGAAGAGCUGGAUUCUUCAACACUUCAAGAAAACUCUCAGGAAGCAAGUCAAGCGCCCAAAAGUCUGCCCACGCAGUCCUUCUCCUCUCUGUUACCGAAGGCCCUCUCUGCCGUGCUACAGCCGGCGCUAAAGCAAGGUCCAAACUCCGAUCCCGGGCCAAGCAGAGAAUCAGUGAAACGCGCUCCACCGAACCUGGAACAACUGCAGACAGAGCUGAGAGACCUGAGGGACCAGUUUGAUCAGAUGAAGAGUCAGCACAACAAAGAAAUUAAACUGCUGAUGAAUGAGCUCGAUGAGGAGAAAAGGAUUCGCCUGACUUUACAGAUGGAGAUUCAACGUAUGAAGAAGCACAUGUCUAAAUGAGAGGACUUCAUCAUCUUCAAAGACGACAUAUCCUGAUUUGACAAGUUGUAAAGGUCCUGUUGUACACUUACCAGAUAAAUGAUAUUUUUCUAAGUUUUAAAGAAAAACAUCACUGCUUCUUUUUGAUGAAAAGUUAUUCUAUUUACUUUGUUGUUGGACUGCCGACUGCGUCUGAGUUUACUGAGUCAUUGCUGACGCUGUAAAGGUGAAGCACAGUGGGAGCAGACAUGUAAAGACACUGUUAUACAUCCAGUUUUGUUUUAUUUAUUUCUGUAGAUGGACUCUGACAUCUUUAGCAUCCUUUGGUGGUGGAAAUGUUUUAUACAGUGUGUUGAGAUUUCCAUGAAGAGGAAAAAUUGUUUUCUGUUUCCUGUGGGAACCCAGAUUUAUAAAGAAUGUUAGAGAGUUCAUUGUUGUUUCAUUGGAUUUUAAUAAUUGCUCCAUUAUCCAGUGGAUCCAUCUGACAUAUAUACACACACAUAUAUAUAAUAAUGUGCUGUAGAGGCUCAAACAUAAAGCUCCUAUCAUAUUGUAUAUACAUAUGGUUUAGAAAUGUAGGUUUGCCUUUUGAUGACAAAAACCUGUCAGACUAAGCUGUGAGUGAAUUCAUCAGUUGCUGAUGUAUAGAAGCUUUGUGAACUCAUUAAAGAUGUCAUCCAUUA